AUGUCUGGUGCAUCUGGUUCAUCAGGAAGUGGUACAGGUCGUGGCAGAGGAAGUGCAGUGUCCGAGAAACCAGAGUCAAAGGAAAAUAAACCCAACCCAAAGAUGUCUAAGGCACUAGGUACAUCAGCAAAAAGGAUUCAAAAGGAACUGGCCGAAAUUACAUUAGAUCCUCCGCCAAAUUGUAGUGCGGGGCCAAAAGGUGACAACUUAUAUGAAUGGGUAUCUACUAUCCUGGGGCCACCUGGAUCAGUAUAUGAGGGUGGAGUGUUCUUCCUGGAUAUUCAUUUCUCACCGGAAUAUCCUUUCAAACCACCUAAGGUGACAUUCCGGACAAGGAUAUACCACUGCAACAUAAACAGCCAGGGUGUCAUAUGUCUAGAUAUCCUGAAGGACAAUUGGUCUCCAGCCCUCACUAUAUCUAAAGUACUGCUCUCAAUUUGCUCAUUACUUACUGAUUGUAAUCCAGCGGAUCCACUUGUAGGCAGCAUCGCCACACAGUAUCUGCAGAACAGAGAGGAACAUGAUCGCAUUGCCCGCCUCUGGACCAAACGUUAUGCAACAUGA